AAUAGCGCAGAUGUAAAAUAAUAUGAGUUUAAAUUUAGAAUAUUAAAGUCUUGAACGUACAGUUUAUGUUAUAACUGUACACUAUCUUCAUGCUGCUGACCAUCAAAUUAUUGAGAGAAUUCCCCCGAGAAAAUAUACUGUUUUUAAGAUGUUUUCUGGUGGCCUUUUGUCUCGAAACUUAGGCCGCAAACACAGGAAUAAUGCGCCGAAAACAAACACGGAUACAAAUAAAAGCAAUCCACUUAAAGGGAAGACAGAUGGAGCCCGACAACGCCGACAGAGAUCUACUGACACGAAGUUAAUUAACUGGUGCGAUGGCGACGGUCGAUACAGACGAAAGAUAGUGCGAGAAGUAAACUCACGUCCCACUUACACCAUCGAGGUUCCUGGAAAUGUAAAACUUCUGUCGCCAGGUGGCGGCAUUGCUGUGGUCGGGUUCCUUUUUCUUAUUGCAGGAUCUGUAUUCACGUGGUUUCUCCGUACCUGCCUAUGCGGGCCAGUCGGCAUCGGUGUUGGUCUAUUUGUCAUCCUUGUAGCUGUUACGCUGAUACUUGAAAAUCGUAACUCUUCAAGUAGAUUGUUCCAUCUUACGGAUCCGUACACUGAGUUCGCCGUUUCAGCAAACAAUACCAAGACCAAAUCAAAGGAGAGAAUACGAACACACAAUUGCUUACGUGAUGACCGCAUUGAAAAGACGUACCCAUUUGAUAUCCGGCAAUCCACAUCCAGUCUAAACUGGCAAAAACCGGAUGGUUUCGAUUCGUGUACAAGUCCCAUUGCAACAGGCGGUACAAUCAGAAAGCGACCAUCCACACUUUUCCCAUGGGACAGAGACAUUACUAAUUCUAAAACUGGAACACCGUCACCGACUUUCCAAUUUCAGCAGUCGCCGGUUUAAACCAGAAAUCGGGUUUCUGUGACAUUUAACUAUAACGGUAUGCCAGUACGUCUGGUAUACUAGCAGAGUUAAAAGGAGCUGUAUUUAGAUUUAACUAUCAAGUUGUAUUUUAACGAGAACUGUGUCUGCUUCUUACAUGUUUCUAUAUACCGCGCUUAUUAUGCCAGCGUACGCUCAGAAGCGUGCAUUUUUUCGAUAUUUCAACCAUACAGUGAAACAUUAACAAUAAUUUUGAGUUUUGUAUCAAAAGAGAAGUAUAUGUUAGCCAGCAAAGGCAUACGAAUUGUAUAAUGUCACAAUGUUAACGUCGUACGCGCUGUUGUUAUACAGUUGUUUUUAAUUUAUAAAAACCACAAGUUCUGCUCA